CUCACACACUUCCUGUUGACUGACAUCAUUCCGUCACACUUCCUGUUUGCUGCAGAUCGCCCGUAAGAUCGGCUGUUACCGGAGCGACGAGGACGUGAUGUUGACGUGUCUCAAGAUGUCGGACCCGGUGGGCCUCACCAUGGCGGGAAAAAUUGACAUCCUGCAAUUAAUGGGCAAAGGCGUGGUCAUGGACCUCCUGGAACUCGCCCCCGUGGUGGACGGCGACUUCGUGCCCGAUGAGCCCGCUCGACUUUUUCACAACGCCGCCGAGGUCGACUACAUGGCCGGCAUCAGCUCCAUGGACGGGCACAUCUUUGCGGGCGUGGACGUGCCCUCCAUCAACAAGAAGAAGGCAAACACCACUGUGUGAGGA